AAUUAGUUAAAAACAAUAUUUCAAACAAUAAAGUGUUGCUUAUACAUAAAAAUAAUUUAUUUAAUAUAAUAUUAGUACUGUUUCGCGAACUUCAUUAUCAUGUUGAAGAUUUCCUUACUUGUACUCUGUCUGGCUGCAUGUGCCUUUACAAGGGAGUUUAAUUUAUUCAACCGUUUCACGUCUACUACCACAACAACAACCGCUAAGCCUCGACUUCCAUUAUUCAUCAACAACAACGUGCCUAAAGCAGAUAUUGGUUGCACCGUCAAUUUCGAGUGCAAAAAGAAACUGAAGGUUGAUCCACCACAACCCAAACCUUGCGUCAAGUAUUGCGUGAAGAAUAUUGUUUGUCCAAAUAAUAUUAAGAUUCAGGGACAGCCGAACCAAUGCGCACAACUCAAUGAGGAUUUGGUCAGACAGGAACUAAUUGAGAGCCAACAAAGUGAUAAAGUAGGUAUUAUGCAAGUUGCGAUGAUUGACUUCCCAUGCCAACCGGGCUACUUGCCCGACAGCAGAGGACGCUGCCGUGAAGUCUGGUAAAAUUGUGUAAUGUGAUUUGUGUUGGGUACUCAAUUUAUAUAUAAAAUUAAAUUUAUUAAUAAAAUAAAUAAAAUCAAAUCACA